AUGCCUGUGAUCCCUCCUUCCUGCCUUGAUCUGUGCCGACAGUUUGUUUUCUAUUGGCCAAAGAGCAGUCUCUCCCCGCGCCCCAGUAAGAUGCGGCUCCCGCCACAGUUGCUGCCGCUGCUGCUGCUGCUCCUGCAGCCGCCGCCUCCGUCCAGGGCAGCUGAGCCGCCGCCAGAGGACCCGGAGCGCAGCGUGCAGCUAGAAGCCAUCCGCAGCUCCAUCCUGGCACGGCUCGGGAUGUCGGCGCCCCCAGACGUGCGCCCGCAGCCUCUCAGCGCCCAGGAGGUCCGGAGGCUGCAGCGCCGCUACGAGGAGGCACUGGCCCAGCUGAGAUCCAACCGGAGCCGGGAGGCGACAGGCUCGGGUCCUAGUCUGGGUCCCAGUACCCCCAAGGUCCGGAUCCUGACUCCCAAAGUGGAGCUCAGCCCGGACACCCCCGACGUGCGCCUCCACCUGCUGCUCCAGCGGGAGGCUCUGCUUAGCGGGAUGCUGGAGAAGCCGCGGGUGAUCCGCGCCCAGCUGCGGCUGGGUUUGCAGCCACCUUCCCCGCCGACCCCGCCUGAGCGGGCCACGUCGAGGUUUCAUGCUGAGGCCAAGAGCCUGAAGCUCGACCUGACGCGGCCACUGCGGCGCUGGCUCCAGCAAGGCCGAGCUCCGGCGCCCCUGCUGCGACUGCCCCUGGCUCUGCCACCCGGCGUGUCCCGGGAACUGCUCCGACAGCCCCAGGCCCAGAGCGCCAGCCUGCGCGUGGAGUUCCAAGAGCUGCCCCGCAGGGAGCCCCGCAGGCCGCGAUCGCUGAGGCCUGACAAGGACUGCGAAGAGGGCGGCGGGGGCCGCUGCUGCGCCCGUCCUCAGCGCGUGUCCUUCGACGAGCUGGGCUGGACCGACUGGGUGCUGGCGCCGCGCGACUAUGAGAUGCGCUUCUGCGAGGGCUCCUGCCCGCACAAUUACCGGCCGGCCAGCAUGCACGCACAGCUCAAGGCGCGCCUGCACCGAGUGGCCCCCGCAGCCGUGGGCCCACCCUGCUGCGUGCCCUCUGCCUACGAGCCCAUUGUGCUCAUGCACUACGGCAGUGAUGGGAACGUGGCGCUCACGCCCUUUGAAGACCUGGUCCCCAAGGCCUGCCACUGUGCCUGACCCAGCUGGACCUGGAG